AUGGACUCUCUGCUCCGACACGCAUCGAAUUUCCAGGGCGUCAGCGAUCAGGAUGCAUCACAGGUGACGUUGCACUAUUCGGGGAAGGCGGAGGGCCCGACUGCGAUGUUCGGACUAGAUCCUGGAGGUUUUGAGAAGGCGUCUGAGAGCUUGCUUUUGGUUGCACCUGAGUAUGCUUCGCUGCGAUCUCUUGUUCUGGAUUACUUCACCUCCAUCCGCCGAAGCUUGUCUGAUGAUCACGUCGUCUUUUCGUUUGACAAGUCCUUGCAUUGCGGUGACGGCGAUCGGAAGUUCAUCGAGCAAAUCGGCCUCUCGAUUGGUGUGCCCGCUGCUCGACGUGAAGCCCAUCUUCUCAUCACUGGGGAAAGGCCAGAGCUGCUUGAGCUCUUCUUGGAACUUGGCUGGUUUCGGGACGUCGUGUUCUUGUGGAAGAUGCUGAUCCUACCCAGCGGAAGUGGGCCCCCAGAGGGCACAUGGCGGGCCACCGACUCCAUCCUGCAGUGGUCAUGGCACAAGGAUCGCUUCGUGGUCCGCGGGUUCAACAUGGAGCUGGUGCCGGAGGAGGGCAAGAAAGGUAUCGGCGAGGUGAUCAAGAAGCCCUUCGACUGGCUUUUCGGCAAGUACAAGUCCCGGAGCAAGGCAGUUAGUGCUGCCGAUGCAAGCGUCCUGGCUGGUUCCAAGAUCGAUACAGAGGACGAUGUGCUCUUCCUGGAGCAUACGCCCGACUUUAAUGAGACCCUGAAGCCGGCCGACAGCGAGCUGCUGCUGACGUAUCUCACCGCACCGUACAUCCGCGUGCCGCUGCUGCUGGGAUUCUUCGCCGACCGUGAGCGAGUGUCACUGCUGCGUGAGCCUCUUUUGCAGGCAGUGCUAGAUGCCGCACUUUUCGAGCCUGGACAAUGGCAAAGUAAGCAGGCAGCAGUUACGGGACCGCCGAGUGCUGUGCCUGCACCGGACCGAAGCCACUUGGCCACGCCGGCAGGGCUGCUUUUCAACGAGCUCCUGCGCUCGCCGAGAGUGUUGCUGGACACGACCCGCUUGCUGUUGGAUGUCGCUGUCGAAAAAGAUCCUGGCCACCCGGGGAGUGCGAAUGAGGGGCUUAUCCUCUAUUUGGUCCGGCUUGCGACUCGUGUGCAAGCGUAUUUGCUUUUCCUCGUGCAGCACGCCAGGACUGGAGCCUACUUGGAAAGGGCUGGUGCUCACUGGGAAGCGAAGGUGCGAGGGCUGCCGACGGAAGACAAGGCUGGCCAGGAGGUCCAGAGGCUCCAGGGACUUCAUUCUGAGCUUCGAGAUGUGCUGGAGGGCAAGGUCACCGACAUGCUGCUGUACUGGGCCAAGGUGGCAGCAAAGAAGAAGGAGGAUUUGCUGGUCUCCGGCUGCCGGGCGCAUGCCCACCUCGCAUUGAUCUACGGCACGAAUGGGUUGGAGUUCACAAGCCGAAGCGCCGCAAUUUUCUUGUCUGCUCAGGCCUUCCUCAAUGUGAACCACAGGUGGUUUACGAAAAAGGACAGCACGUCAACUCCGAAGCUCGGUAUUUGCGAAUUCGAGCUUUUUGACGUCUUCGAAGGCCGACGCAGUGUGCUAGCGAAGUGGCUACGUGAACACAAAUCCAAGGCCAACCAUGUUCUGCAGAGAGUUGAAUGGGUGGCAACGUUCAGAGGCACGAUCGAUGGCUUAGACAAUGGUGAAGAUUUCCAGGACAUGGAGUGGGCUGAGCUUCCGGCUGAACCGGGGGACUACGUUCCCCAGGUUGCAGAGCCGAAGCCCGAGUGGCGCCAGCCGAAGUCUGGAGAAGAUUUCCAGGGCUGGCUUACUCGAGUGACGAAUGGGCCGAAGGAGAGCAGUGGGCAGAUUUCUGUCAAUCUGGGGCGCUACAAGGUCAAGGGUCAGGGGAUGUCUCUGAUACCCGAGUGGGCCGUUGAGAACAAGGACUUUCAAGAUUCUUUCGGGCGUUCCGAUGUACACUGCUCUGACAUCGAGGUGUCGGCACACCGAACAUGGAAGCGGAUUGUCGGCCACCACCAUGACCUGCAGAGAUGGGAAAUGGAUACUCGAAAGCUUGAAGACGAUCCACACAGUUCGUUGAGUGGACGCCUGUUUGAACCAGCCAAGCUUGCGGACAACGAGAAGUGGCUGGCACAGAUUCUCUCACCGCUGCGGAUCUCUGGACGGUUACAUGUUCAAGAAAUGUCGUCCGAUGAGGCGCGUUUGAUAUUGGUGGUGCAGGUGGAGGAGUCAAUGCGUCAGCUCAAAGAGGUCUUUGCUUCUCGCGAUCCGCCGGUUGCAGAGGUUUACGACAUCGUUGAGUACGGACGUCAAUUUUACCGGUCCUUGGCCUUCUGUUCGGACAGCAGAUGGAGCUUCUGCGUGCCGCAGGAUGGUGAAGUGCCGCUAUAUCGGAGAGAGACCGCAAGCUGGAGCCUCGCGACAGGAAGUUUGGACAAGCUCCACCCGCCUGCACCGAGCAUCCUAAUCUAUCGGCAAGUGGUUGCAGACGUCGGUCGGCAAUGUUUUGUGCCAUCUCGCUUCUUGCGUGGGUUGGUGCCCAGCGCUUUGCUGGAGCGCUACAGCUUCUGGCGCUCGGACGGAGCUCCCGACAGCGCAGGCUGUCUCACAGGUGACGAGCUACGGCCGUGCGAUGGCCCAACACGGCUCCAGGUGACCUUGUGCCGCAGCACGACGGGAGUCAGUGCCACCGUGCGAAGAGUGUGCUUGAAGCCCUCGCCAGGUCCAUACUACUCAUGGGACACCGAUGACUCCAAAGCUGCCGAGGUUCUGGUGAAUCUUCGCCACAGCUCCACGUUGAAAUUUGCAUCUCUUUUGGCCCGAAUCGAGGACCUCUCCCACAUUCUCGCCUGGAGUUCCGAGGAAGGCGGUCGCGUGCGCCGGGUCGAGUUUCCAAGGUUGUGGCUUUCGUUUCAGGAGCAUGGUGGCCACCUUCACUGCGAACAGCACAGUGGCUUCUGGUUGGCGGAGUGCAAAUGGUCGAACAAGGUUUGCAGGCUCCUGCAGCAGUUUGGUGGUGGCACCCUAUUGUUGGAAAACGAUUCUGGUGAAUACGCCAUCUUGGUAUCUGCUGCGGCGCAGCCAGUGCGUCCAUCGACAUGGGCUGCGGAUGGAACUCCCGAAAAGCUCCUGCCGGGUCAGCUUGCGUUCCGCCGCGGCCGCGAGGAAUGGCUUCAAAACUUGGAUGGUCCUCGGCAUUACAGGUACGACGUGCAUUUCUCGCAGAUGUUUAUUUUCACGCCAACGCUUGCUGCCGGUUUGUACUUCUUGCUGUGCCGCUUUAUGACAUGGCACUUUGCCGAGGCUGUCAGCAUGGCUGAAACGAUCACUGAAGCCUGCACCGAAGAGGAAAAGCAGCUGUGGGACGCUAUGAAAGGUCUGGAGCCUGAUUGCCACGCGGAUGCUAUUGCUUGCCGCCUUCACCUGUCAAUGGCGAUUUCACCCUAUGCAGUAUCGCUCCCGUGGAGUACAGCGGCACAGUUUCUGGAAUACACGAGGAAGCGACAUUUGGUUUCGACCUCUUGCGCUUUGUCACUGAAGCAGGAGCUUGCAGUUCUGAAGUUAGAUGAGGUGCGACAGUCCAAGAAGUAUUCCAAGCUGAAGGCAUACCAAUCGACAGGGGAGGCUUUGGCGGCCUGCAAAGAGGGAAAAGUCCACUUGCCAGUUGACUUGGGCCCAUUGGCCGGCGAUUCCGGAUUCGACCUCGUGGUGGACAGGUCCUUCUUGAAGGACUUGAACUUCUUCGAAAAGAUUGCGGCAAGCGCCAAAGGUGUGGCCUACAAUCGACCCAAGGCCGCGACCAUGGUGGGUAUCGAUGGCAUGCGCUUCCUGAACGAUCUGUUCGGUGGUAUCCGCGGAGGAGGUGCCGAUGUCCCCUUGUUUUUGCUCUACGAACUGUUCACUGGAACCAUAUCCGUGGAGUUGGUGAACAAGGACAACCAACAGGAUCUCGCAAGCCUGCUGCUUCGCGUGAUCGCAGGGUCCCAGACAGGUGCCGAAUGGUCUGUACUGAGAGCUUUGGAGAGGAAUCCGCAGGUCUGCGGCUCCAUGCCGCAAUGGGGCUCAGACGAGGCGAAGCGCAGCUGGGCGCUUCCAGGUGGGCACCACUUUGACCGCAACUCCGUUUCGACACUCAUGAAGGCUGCCUCGAGCAAGCUGAAAAGCAUGGAGAAGGACUUAUGCUUCCCGAACUUUGCCGAAGCUCCGCAGAGCCAGACGUCACUGACAAUCGAAGAUGUCGCAGGCUUCAGCAGCAACAUCCGCUUCCAGUCCCCGCCACUUACGGCUGACGUCAGAUGCUGUUCCAGGGCAUCCAAAAUGACAGCGGAAGUUUCUCCGAAGCAACCACUGGCACGCUUGUCCAAGUACUUGGAGCGCACGGAGGACCGAGAGCGAAAGGCCCCUGGCCUCAAUGCAGUUCGGUCAUCUCUGGAGGUUCUGGCACGGGGCACUUGUGCACAGACAGACAUUGGUCGCACAGGAAUUCAGCGAUGUCAGCAAGAGGUGCAGACAGCGCUGUCCGAAGAAGUCGCGGUCAAUCUGAGCAUAAAUCCCUCCAAGCUGGCACUUCUAGAGAAGGAGCUUCGGAAAGUUCGAGACGAGGACAGAAGAGCGUUGUCGGAAACUGUAGACAGCCUGGUGACUGCCGCAAAUGCCGGCAGUGACGUGGACUGGUUAGGAAGGCACUGCGGACAUGUUCCUCGACUUGCUUUCUCUGAUCUCCUCCGAGUCCUCAUGGCAGAGGAGCCUCACAGCACGGAUGCACUUCAACGGGCAAAUCCCAUGCUGAAAGAGGGUGACAUGGAGGCCUUGAUGGAAAAGGCUGUAGAUGGUCUCUGUCGUGGUGUGCGGAUCGGCCAGGCUUGCAGAAGCCUCGCCUUGGUGACCAAGCUUUCAGCAGCUGCUGCCACCAAGGACAGCACAGAAGUGGCUGUGCUCCAGGCUCAACUUGCAGCUCAGCUUUGCGCGGAGCGCUUCUUCUGCAAAGUCCGGAGCCAGAUGAUCUGCUUGGACCCUCGUCUUCUCGUUUUUGAGUUCCUGUGCAACAUUAUGCUGCGUGAGGGCCAGGUGAGGCUUUUGGGAACCUUCCUACACCGUGCAGCAGGAGGCCAGUCCCUGUGCCAUCAGAUGAUCAUGGGCGCCGGGAAAACCACUGUGAUAACGCCUCUUCUUGUGCUGCUGCUGGCGACCAGUCAACGGCUGGUUUGCGCUUGCAUGCCUGCUGCUCUACUGGAGAUGUCACGAGCGGUCCUGAUCGAGCGCUUCUCCUCACCAGCUAUGAUGAAAGCCGUGCUCACUCUGCAGUUUGACAGGGCGACGGUGCCAUCAGCUGCACUUUGCCAAAAGCUUCUGACAGCAGAGCAAAGACAAGCUGCUUUGGUGGCAACUCCAACGGCCUUGAAAAGCAUCGUUCUCAAACGGCUCGAGUUGCUGAACCAGCUGGACAACAGUCGCAGGUGCAAGCUACAGCAGGGUGAUGCGAAGCCCAAUUGGCUUGAGCGUCUCUUUGGGGGGGGCAAAGCCAGCUUUGCUGAUGAGUUGAGUCCUGAGGAAGAGAGCGCAAAAAGCCAACAUGUGCAGCAUUGCAAUCAGGUACUGGGAAGAUUUCAUAAAGGUGUGCUUCUUCUGGAUGAGGUGGAUCUGCUGUUGGAUCCUCUGAAGAGUGAACUCAACUGGCCGACCGGUUUGAAGCAGCCGCUUGACCUCGAGGAGGCCAGGGAGAGCAAAGACCGUUUUGGUCUGCGCCACAAGCUCCCCUUCCACAUUUUGGACCUUGUGUUCGCCGCAUCGUGCAAGGUUCCCCUGGUGCAUUACGACGACCGCCGCGAGGCCCAGACCGCACUGACUGCGCUGAAAUCAAAAAUCGAGGAAGGCUGCCAGAAGCGGAUGUUGCAGUCUGUUCCGCAUCUCGUUGUGCUGUCGAAGGAAUUUUACAAGUCGGAGAUGCUGCCACACUUGGCAGACUGGACUGCGAUUUUCCUCGAAAAGCACGUGAACGGCCAGGUCGGAAGCACUGAGCUGCGGCGACUCCUACGCAGUCCGUACAAGUUGGAGGACGGGAUCAAGGAGAAGCUCCGGGUUGCAGAUGAUGGGGUCUUGAAGCCUGUCAACUUGGCAGUUGAGUGGCUUCACGAGCUUCUUCCGCACGUUCUGAGCAAGGUUCAUCGAGUGUCAUAUGGCCUUCUGUGCGGGGAAGACCUGGAAAGUGCAUUGAAGCAGCGUGGGACCGCUCGCUCCAGGCUGAGGCUGGCUGUGCCUUUCGUGGGAAAAGAUCGCCCUAGUGAGCAGUUUGGGCCUCGACUUGGGCGAUAA